AAAAAAAAAAAAGAAAAAAAAAGAAAAAAAAGGAGGAGGAGGAGGGUGAGAGAGAAGCUGGGAGAGCAGAGAAAAGGGGCCACCGGUCGCCCCCCCGCUUCCCCGCACGCGCUCUCCAGCCGCGGCUGCCCGCCUGCCGCGGUCACCCCGGCCUCUGCCUCUGUCCCCCAGUGAUCGGAUCAAGGCGCUGAGAGAGGCCCUGCCUGCGGGGCGGCCAUGCGGCGGUGACAGGAGCGCGGCCGACAAGCACGGGCCCCUCGCCCCCUCUCGCCUCCCGCCCGCUCGCCAGCUCCCCUCAGCCGAGGCUGCUCCGCAGCGGCCGUAGCGCGCGCGCGGCCCACACUCGCCUCCCCUCGGCACCCCAGUCCCCGGCGCUGCCUGGAGGCGGCCGCACUCGGGGAUCAUGGCCCAAGUUGCAAUGUCCACCCUGCCCGUUGAAGAUGAGGAAUCCUCGGAGAGCAGGAUGGUGGUGACAUUCCUCAUGUCGGCUCUCGAGUCCAUGUGUAAAGAACUGGCCAAGUCCAAAGCCGAAGUGGCUUGCAUCGCAGUGUAUGAAACAGACGUGUUUGUCGUCGGAACCGAGAGAGGACGUGCUUUUGUCAAUACCAGAAAGGAUUUCCAAAAAGAUUUUGUAAAAUAUUGUGUUGAAGAAGAAGAAAAGGCUGCAGAGAUGCAUAAAAUGAAAUCUACAACUCAGGCGAAUCGGAUGAGUGUAGAUGCAGUAGAAAUUGAAACACUCAGAAAAACAGUUGAGGACUAUUUCUGCUUUUGCUACGGUAAAAGCAAUACACUUAAUUGCAAGGCAUUAUUGGGCAGAGCAUUGGCUGGGAAGUCGCACCACUGCACUCCAGCUGGCAACAGAGUGAGACUCUCUCAAAAAAAAAUUGUAUUUGAAAUGUUGAAAAAAACUAACUCUAAUUUUUUUGUGUGCAUAGGUGGUCGUGUGAUGGUAACAGAUGCUGACAGGUCAAUACUAUCUCCAGGUGGAAGUUGUGGCCCCAUCAAAGUGAAAACUGAACCCACAGAAGAUUCUGGCAUUUCCCUGGAAAUGGCAGCUGUGACGGUAAAGGAAGAAUCGGAAGAUCCUGAUUAUUAUCAAUAUAACAUUCAAGCAGGCCCUUCUGAAACCGAUGAUGUUGAUGAAAAACACCCCCUAUCGAAGCCUUUGCAAGGAAGCCAUCAUUCUUCAGAGGGUAACGAAGGCACAGAAAUGGAAGUACCAGCAGAAGAUUCUACUCAACAUGUCCCUUCAGAAACAAGUGAGGACCCUGAAGUUGAGGUGACUAUUGAAGAUGAUGAUUAUUCUCCACCUUCUAAGAGACCAAAGACCAACGAGCUGCCGCAGCCACCAGUCCCAGAACCCGCCAAUGCAGGGAAGCGGAAAGUCAGGGAGUUCAACUUUGAGAAAUGGAAUGCUCGCAUCACUGAUCUGCGUAAACAAGUUGAAGAAUUGUUUGAAAGGAAAUAUGCUCAAGCCAUAAAAGCCAAAGGCCCGGUGACGAUCCCAUACCCUCUUUUCCAGUCUCAUGUUGAAGACCUUUAUGUAGAAGGACUUCCUGAAGGAAUCCCUUUUAGAAGGCCAUCUACUUACGGCAUUCCUCGCCUUGAGAGGAUAUUACUUGCAAAGGAAAGGAUUCGUUUUGUGAUUAAGAAACAUGAGCUUCUGAAUUCAACACGUGAAGAUUUACAGCUUGAUAAACCAGCUUCAGGAGUAAAGGAAGAAUGGUAUGCCAGAAUCACUAAAUUAAGAAAGAUGGUGGAUCAGCUUUUCUGCAAAAAAUUUGCGGAAGCCUUGGGGAGCACCGAAGCCAAGGCUGUUCCGUACCAAAAAUUUGAGGCACACCCGAAUGAUCUGUACGUGGAAGGACUACCAGAAAACAUUCCUUUCCGAAGUCCGUCAUGGUAUGGAAUCCCAAGGCUGGAAAAAAUCAUUCAAGUGGGCAAUCGCAUUAAAUUUGUUAUUAAAAGACCAGAACUUCUGACUCACAGUACCACUGAAGUUACUCAGCCGAGAACAAACACACCAGUCAAAGAAGACUGGAAUGUCAGAAUUACCAAGUUACGGAAGCAGGUGGAAGAGAUUUUUAAUCUGAAAUUUGCUCAAGCUCUUGGACUCACCGAGGCAGUGAAAGUACCAUAUCCUGUGUUUGAAUCAAACCCCGAGUUCCUGUACGUAGAAGGCUUGCCAGAGGGGAUUCCCUUUCGAAGCCCUACCUGGUUCGGAAUUCCACGACUUGAAAGAAUUGUCCGUGGGAGUAACAAAAUCAAGUUCGUUGUGAAAAAACCUGAACUAGUUAUUUCCUACUUGCCUCCUGGAAUGGCUAGUAAAAUAAACACUAAAGCUUUGCAGUCCCCAAAAAGACCACGAAGUCCUGGGAGUAAUUCCAAGGUUCCUGAAAUUGAGGUCACUGUGGAAGGCCCUAAUAACAACAAUCCUCAAACCUCAGCUGUUCGAACCCCUACCCAGACUAACGGUUCUAACGUACCCUUCAAGCCGCGAGGGAGAGAGUUUUCCUUUGAGGCCUGGAAUGCCAAAAUCACGGACCUAAAACAGAAAGUUGAAAAUCUCUUCAAUGAGAAGUGCGGGGAAGCUCUUGGCCUUAAGCAAGCUGUGAAGGUGCCAUUCGCGUUGUUUGAGUCUUUCCCAGAAGACUUUUACGUGGAAGGCUUACCUGAGGGUGUCCCGUUCCGAAGACCCUCUACUUUUGGCAUUCCAAGGCUGGAGAAGAUACUCAGAAAUAAAGCCAAAAUUAAGUUCAUCAUUAAAAAGCCCGAAAUGUUUGAGACGGCAAUUAAGGAGAGCACCUCCUCUAAGAGUCCUCCCAGAAAAAUAAAUUCAUCACCCAAUGUUAAUACUACCGCAUCGGGUGUUGAAGACCUUAACAUCAUUCAGGUGACAAUUCCAGAUGAUGAUAAUGAAAGACUCUCGAAAGUUGAAAAAGCUAGACAGCUAAGAGAACAAGUGAAUGACCUCUUCAGUCGGAAAUUUGGUGAAGCUAUUGGUAUGGGUUUUCCUGUGAAAGUUCCCUACAGGAAAAUCACAAUUAACCCUGGCUGUGUGGUGGUUGAUGGUAUGCCCCCUGGGGUGUCCUUCAAAGCCCCCAGCUACCUGGAAAUCAGCUCCAUGAGAAGGAUCUUAGAUUCUGCCGAGUUUAUCAAAUUCACGGUCAUUAGACCAUUUCCAGGACUUGUGAUUAAUAACCAGCUGGUUGAUCAGAGUGAGUCAGAAGCCCCCGUGAUACAAGAAUCAGCUGAACCAAGCCAGUUGGAAGUUCCAGCCACAGAAGAAAUAAAAGAGACUGAUGGAAGCUCUCAGAUCAAGCAAGAACCAGACCCCACGUGGUAGACCUCUUCCCUCCUAGGCUUAAAGUAUCAGUGGUUGAGAAGAGCUUUUCGGACCUGUUACUACCCCAAGCUGUGUAAUAUACUUGUAUAACAGAAAUACCUUCUAUACAAACCUUUUUUUCUACUUUUAGAUAGAAAUGUCUACUUUUUCAGCAGUUCUGUGAAUUGAAUUAAAGAGCAGAGUGACCGUGGGUCUGAAAUGCCUGGUGUAACUGGGGAAUGUAUUAUCAGGAUUUUACAGCAAUGCUGGAAAAACGACAGGGAAAUGUCAGGGAUGAAUCCCACCAGAUUUUUUUAUGUACUCAGCAGAGCCUUCAGUUACGGUGUUUAUUUUCCAAUCAAGUGGAGAUACCCCCUACUGGAACAUCUCAGCUUCUGCAGUGAAGAAAAAUUCCUGUGAUAGUUCAGUUCUUUAGUUUUUCUAUUUGAAAAAAAUCAUUUAAAUGAUCCUUUGUUCACGGCUCUCCUUAAUGACUGAGUGAACAAUUCGUAUCUGUAUAUUUGACUAAACCUUUUCCUAAGCUGUCUCUCAUGGUUCCUAUGUUUUUUUUUUAUCAUAAUUAAAAGCAAAACCGUCUGGAUCACCUAACAGUCAGAGGUCAGUAUCUCAGCGUGUGAAUUAUAGAUUAAAUACAGAGAGAAACUCUUCCACUUUUACUUUUCGUCCAAAUAAAAUGCAUGGUGUACCAGAAGUUGAAGACCGGGGUGAGGAUCGGGGCUUGCUCGACGACACUAAGGCGGCCUCACCAUCGCGGGACCUGCUGCGGCGCGGAUUCGUAGGAAGGCUGUUCUGGCCUGGGGUCCAGGGCUUGCCGGGCCGGCUUAUUUCCUAGUGCUUCUUGUAACGCCGAGGUGCCGGUGCAGGGAGUGAGGAGGGGUCAGGGGGCUCUUGACGCAACCUCUGACGCGCUGCGCCUUCCUAGGAGAGUCUUACAUGUGUUGAGAUUUCACAAACGGUGCAAGUUGUAAACUACCAGCUCUACAAGAAGCUAGGCUAUGUGACGGCAUAGUUUUUCAGUAGCUUUAUCACAAUAUUCACAAUGGAGAAUUAUAUGACAUGGUAGCAGAAAUAGGCAUUUUUAUGUGUUGCUUCUAUUUUACCUCAAAUUGUAGAUAUAGGGUAAUCAAUAAAAUCCAUCCAUGCCUUUCACACACUAA